CGUAAUUCAUGGAAUGAAUAAACUAUCACCGUCCAUUUCGCGUUCUGGUCGUUUGUCUCUUUCCUAUUCUUCCUAUCCUCGCAAUGAGCUCGUCUGAUUAUGGAUUUGACGAUGAACUUGACUCAACUAUCUUGAACGAAUGGGACACCAUCGAGGCCGCUCAUCGCCCUCCGCUUCGAAGCCCUCCUAAGCCUAAGCCACCCCCGCCUGCGGCCAAGGUGCCCAAACCCCUGGACGAAGAGGAUUCGUUCUUCGAUCUUUCUCUUGAGAUUGAUGAUGCAGAGCUUCAGCGUCUAGACACGUUCAUCGAUGCAGUGUACAAGGGAAAUGCAAAACCAGUGGCUGGCCCAAGCAAUCAUGCGCGGCCUUCUUCCAAGAAUACUGUGCAAAGAACCCUAUUCGGAGAUGUCGCGAAACCGACAGCGUCCUCGAGUACGCAAAGUCCCACCAAACGUUCUUCGCACCAGCGGGCGAAGUCGAGUCCCCGCAAACCUUUUGGCCGGCAAGCACCUCAGACGAAGCAAUGGGAUCAUACAGUGUUUGCAAAGUCAGGCUGGAAAAAGCCAAAGACCGUCAAAGGUAAGGGAAGAAGUGAUGGAGACGAGGACGAUGAGGAGCAUGUAGAAUUUGAGCAGUUCCCUGCUCCAUUCGUGUCAAUUGGACCUCCACCUUCUAUGAAACUCAAGGUCGACAUGCUCGAAGCUAAACACUGGAUCUAUCCUCUAAACCAACCAAAGCGUGACUAUCAAUUCAACAUCGUCAGACACUGCUUAUUUGACAACACUCUCGUUGCAUUGCCCACCGGAUUGGGGAAAACAUUCAUCGCAGGCGUCGUAAUGCUUAACUUUUAUCGCUGGUUUCCGAAGGGGAAAGUUGUGUUCGUCGCCCCAACAAAACCUCUGGUCGCGCAACAAAUCGACGCGUGCCACCGCACAUGCGGCAUUCCUGGUUGUGAUGCAGUCGAACUUACCGGAAACAACCCUCGAAUGUAUAGGUCCAGGAUGUGGGAAGACAAGCGAGUCUUUUACAUGACCCCUCAGACCCUCAUCAAUGAUCUGACUACGGAAAACUGCGAUGCACGGGAUAUCGUUCUUAUGGUUAUUGACGAGGCACAUAAGGGAACAGGAGAUUAUGCAUAUGCACAGGUCAUUCGUUUUUUGAUGGCCAAGAAUCCCCAUCAUCGCGUGCUGGCAUUAACAGCCACGCCCGGAAGCACACCUGAAGCUAUUCAGAGCAUCGUUGAUUCGCUGCAUAUUAGUCGCAUCGAGAUUCGUGAUGAAAAUAGUAUUGAUCUUCGUGAGUAUAUGCACAAGAAGGAAAUCAAACAGCACAUCAUCAAGAUGACUGACGAUGUUCUGAAAGCUCAGGAACUGCUGAAGGAAGUGAUGAUAACUAUUCUUAAACCACUCUCUAGCAGAGGGGUUAUUGAAGUUGUGGAUCCAGUCAAGAUGCAUCCUUAUCGUGCCCAGGCUACCAUGCAACGCAUCGGGGCCCAACGGAACAGUCCUCACAAAUGGGCAUUCUCAUCAUUGUCCAAGCUCGCAGCAUUGGCGCGUGCUAUGGGGUACCUGAUGGAAGCCAGCAUCGGCAUGUGUCACAACUGCCUACUGGAAAUCUCCGCUGAAAAGGAGGAUGAUUCCGGGAAGAAGAAGGGUUCCACAACGAGUGGCUUGCGUAAGGACAAGAAUUUUAUGGCUCUUCUUAGUGAGCUCGAGGUGCAGAAAGUCCGUCCGGGUGGAUAUGGCAUGCACCCAAAGAUGGAGACGCUGAAGAUGCUACUGUUGCAGUACUUCGGGGCACGAAUGGGUGAGGGGGAGGAGACGAGAGCUAUGGUGUUUGUGACAUACCGGGAGUGUGUGGAUGAGAUCGUACAUAUUCUUGAUGAGGAGAGUCCCCUCCUGAAGGUGACGAGGUUCAUUGGGCAGGGCACAGAUAAACAAGGCCGGAAGGGGUUUGCGCAGAAGGAGCAGCUUGAGGUCCUCAAGAAGUUCAAGGCUGGUGAAUUCAACGUGCUUGUCUCUACUUCUAUUGGCGAAGAGGGUCUCGACAUUGGCGAGGUUGACAUGAUUGUGUGUUAUGACGCACAAAAGACGCCAAUUCGCAUGCUUCAACGCGUCGGACGCACGGGCCGUAAACGGGACGGCUAUGUCCACGUCCUCCUCUCCGAGAUCCGCGAGGAGCUAAAUUGGGACAAAGCAAAGGACACAUACGGCGAGUUGCAAAAAUGUAUUGUCCGCGGUGAUCAGCUUGAACUUUAUGGCGACGUCCCACGACUCCUCCCUGAGCAUGCGAAGCCCCAAGUGCUCGAGAAGAGAAUGGAGAUUGAGGAGUACGUACGUCAAGAACAUGCUUCGCGAAAGAAGAGUGCAGUUGUCAACGACGAUGAUUCGUCUCCGAAGGGCAAGAAACGCAAGCGGAAUGAUGAUUUUGCUAGGAAUAUACCUCAAGGCGCAAGCGCGGGCUUUGUUAGCGUCAAAGACCUGCUUAUCAAAGGCGCAGACACGAAGACUAGGAAGAAGGCAAAGACGAAAGUGUUUGACCCCACAGCUGCAGAAGACGACUCGACAGACAUGGAAUUAGAGGCUAAUCUCAUGGAUAUGCGCCGUACUGCCUCGACGCCUGCUGAUCCCAGCACAAAGAAGAAGAACAAAUUGCGCACGACACGUACGAUGGAUCCAUCCAAGAAACGACAACCAGCAACGUCACGCAGGAAGGGGAAGGAAAAGGAAAAGGAACCACUGACCACCAGCCAAUUCUCGCGAAAAGGCGAUGACGAUGACGAUGAUAUCGAAAUCGAGCAGGGCAUUUCAUUAACUGCUCGCGAGGCCAUCGCUCGUAAAACCCCUUCCCCUAAGAAAAAGCGCCCAGUUUUGCCCCGAUAUCGCUCGUCUUCACCUGAUGCUCCAGUUUUGGUUCGGGAUUGUUCCAACAGUCCCCUAAAACCAUCUGCAACCCAAAGUCUUUCCUGUCAUCUGAUCGAAGACGAUGCACUACUUUUAAGUUCCUCAGAGGCGGAGAAUCCUUCAGCGCCAAGCAUUUUAUCUUCGUCACCGAUGAUAUACGAUGUGGAUGACGUGAUAGAGUUAUCAUCCUCCCAGCCGACACCCCAAACGGACCCUGAAGCCGCAGACUCUUCAUCGAUGUCGUGUGGUCCCAGAAACUGUCCGAUCAAUAAGCGCUAUAGACGGAAUGGGAGAAGUCCAGAAGGAUUUCCGGAUCGCUCGCCAUCAUUACCUCCAUCUUCAGACGGCGGGACGGGUAAUACGCAAAGCAUGGCGUGGCUACUAGGAUCAGACGAGGAACCUGACAUCCAAAUUAUGUCUUCUCCGCCCAUCGCGCCGCAGCAGGAGCGCCGCCCUCGCGUAGAUGGCUUAUUUGACGAUGAAAGUGUUGUAGACGGAAGACAUCUCUCGCCUGGGGCACUUCUAAUGCCGCCACCUCCUCUACCAUGCCGAGGUACCAUUCAGUCGCCCGCGCACUCUUCUGAUCAUGACAUUCCCGAUGCCUCAUUCGCUGUGCGGCCUGCUGGACGUUUUUCUAAGUCGCGUGCAGUAGCUGCAGAGCCUAACUCGCCUGCAUUGGAUAUGCCACCUCUUUCCCAGCGGCGUUUGAAACGAAAGGAUACGGAUAUCGUUUCUUGGGAAUCAAGUCCGGCCCCUAAGCGUAGCAAGCGAAAGUCAUUUGUACCUUUGCGCCAUAACCCGUGGUUGGACGGAGAAGCCGCCCACUCUGGUGACGAAGCAAGUGAAGGAUCGUCGCACUCGGAAGAUGAUGUUGAAAGCGAUUCCGAUCGCCAAUUCAUCAAGGACAUCGCAAACACUCAGAUUUCUCCUUCUUACGACCAGUCACUCGCUUAUCAACGAGGGUUGCUCACACAAGCCCUGCCGGGAGGUCCCGCAUUCGUCAACAGACCGGUGAGGAGGGGAAUAUACGCCAGAGGUGAGAGCGCAAAACGCCGGGCUGGUGUGUCAAGUUCUCCUGUACGUGAGGACGAUUUGGCAGACGAGUAUGCCAUCGGCAGCUUUGUCGUAGAUGAUGAUGAGGACAUUAUCUGAUCGAAGGAUAUUAAACAUGCAUGAUUAUCCUAUGUAUGUCGGUUUUGCAGUCUUUGAGUCUGAUACAUUACUGUUAUUACAUGCGGCUAUUAGUAUCAGUAACGUACGUUUUGGAUCUUAGACUGUCGGCUACAAGUCAGUUAGGUUGCUCAUUCUAUAGAACCGCCUGUGUGCACCUAAAUUCGCGGAGUGUUGGUAUAGCGAUGGUGACCUUUGCUUGAUGGACGCGAGGUUCAAUCUAGAACGAACGACUCUAGAGUUGAGCUUGUCAGAUAAAUCUCCGAGUUGUUCUUUGUGCAGCUAACUCAAAUCGAAUGUGUAAUGCUUUCAGGAUGCAGUUUAAGAGGCGUAGCUCACACCUAAAGCUUAAAUCCUGAGAAUUGAUUGAGCUGGACCAUGACCAGUACGGGAAGAAUGGAA